AUGUCUUCCUCCUCCCACGACUGGCAAGCCUCCCUCGUCCCCCUCGUCCCUCCCCUCCCGCCCCAGACGGCCCCGCUGCUUCGCGUCUACCUUGUGCUGGCGGUGGGCAUGCUGGCGGGGCUGGCCGGCGCUCUCGCGCAGGGAGUCGCCUGGCUCCUGCAAGACGACGGCAUCGACUCCCCCGACGCUCUGGACUCUUGUCUCCGGCUCCCGUCGGCCCCCCGCCCGGACGCCGAGCGGGCGAGGAGCCAUGGCGGCUUCGACAGGCGGAGGCUGCAGCAGCCGCACUUCAACCAGACCUUCAGGGUCAGGCGCGUCGGCGUCGUCUAG